UGUGAUGCCGCAUUAAGUCCAAUGAUUCUAUCGUGCACUCUUUCCCUCUCUCUCCCAAUUGUCUUGCAGAAUGCGGAGUCUCGUCUCUGGCCACGCGCUCCGAGAUGCGAAUUGUGGGCGGAAAGAAUGCCGCGUUCGGCCGGUGGCCCUGGCAAGUGUCCGUGCGCCGGACGUCCUUCUUCGGCUUCUCCAGCACUCAUCGCUGUGGCGGCGCCGUCCUGAAUAAGAACUGGGUCACCACAGCUGGCCACUGUGUGGAUGAUCUCCUGACGUCCCAGAUUCGGAUACGAGUGGGCGAGUAUGACUUCUCCCACGUGCACGAGCAGUUCUCCUACGUUGAGCGAGGAGCCUCGAAGAAGAUCGUCCAUCCAAAGUACAACUUCUUCACGUACGAGUACGACCUGGCGCUAGUCAGACUAGAGUCGCCGCUGGACUUUGAUCUGCACAUCAGUCCGAUCUGCCUGCCGGCCACGGACGAUCUGCUGAUCGGCGAGAACGCCACCGUGACGGGCUGGGGGCGCCUCAGCGAGGGCGGCACCCUCCCCACGGUGCUGCAGGAGGUCACAGUGCCCAUCGUGAGCAAUGACCGCUGCAAGACGAUGUUCCUGCGCGCCGGCCGCCACGAGUUCAUCCCGGAGAUCUUCCUGUGCGCCGGUCACGACACCGGCGGCCAGGACUCCUGCCAGGGCGACUCCGGUGGGCCGCUGCAGGUGAAGGCGCGCGAUGGGCACUACUUCCUGGCCGGCAUCAUCUCGUGGGGCGUGGGAUGCGCCGAGGCGAACCUGCCCGGGGUGUGCACGCGCAUCUCAAAGUUCGUCCCGUGGAUCCUCGAGAACUCCAUCUGAUCCUUGACAACGACAUCGAAUCCCAAUUUUG